AAAAGGCGGGGGCUUGCAAAGAUAGGCAGCGAAGUUUCCGCUCCUCCAUGAUGGUUAUUGUUGGAAAGUGCCUCGGCACAUUCCUUUGUCGCACGUUGCCUUCUCAAUGUCUACGUUGUUCUUCCUCCUGUCUCCUGUCUGAAUCUCCUCUCUCUCUCUCUCUCUCUCUCUCUAACUUUCCCUCACACCCCCUUUGAGGUUCACAUUUGACUUGUGCUUGGAUUUUUCCUCUGGAGAGAGAGACGGAGGGAGGGAGGGGGAAGAGGAAGGAUCAAGGGAGAAGGGAAGAUGAUGUUGCAGAGAGCUGCAAGCAAUGCAUACUCAUGGUGGUGGGCGAGUCACAUCAGAACAAAGCAAUCCAAAUGGCUGGAACAGAACCUUCAAGAUAUGGAGGAAAAAGUGCAGAAUGUGCUUCAGGUCAUUGAAGAAGAUGGAGACUCCUUUGCCAAGAGGGCAGAGAUGUACUACAAGAAAAGGCCAGAGCUCAUAAGCUUUGUCGGAGAAUCCUACAAAGCAUAUCGAGCGCUUGCCGAACGGUACGACCACAUAUCGACGGAGCUACAAAAUGCCAACAACACAAUCGCCUCGGUUUUCCCGGAGCAAGUCCCGUUUUCCAUGGACGAAGACGACGAAGAUACUCCGAGGAGGCCCGUCCUCGCAGUCCCCAAACAGAACGUUCCGAAAGUCCCAAAAGCUCCCGUCAAGGAUUUGAAGAGCAUUUUGACAUAUGGCGCGAAGAAGAUGCAAAACAGGAGGGACAAGAAAUCGGCUGCCGCUAACAAAGUCCCUAAAUCUGGUUUGAGCAAAGCGGAAGCGCUCGAAAAGAUCGAUAGAAAUCAGAAGGACAUUCUUGCUCUGCAGACGGUGAAGGAGUUUGUGAAGAGCUCGUACGAGAGCGGGCUCGCGAGAUACUGGGAAACUGAGAAGCAGAUCAAGGAGAUGCAAGAAGAGGUCUCCAACUUGCAAGAUGAAUUUGGCGAGGGAAUGGUCAUUGAAGACGACGAGGCACGGAGUGUGAUGGCCACGGCUGCUCUGAAGUCUUGUCAAGAAACCUUGUUCAGCUUGCAGGAGAAGCAGAAAAAAUUCUCCGAGGAAGCAAGAGCAGAGCAAGAGAAGAUAAAGAUUGCUCGGAAAAAGUUCAAGACGUUGAAGAAAAAAUUCCUUCCUAAAGAAAAUAAUGAAGAAAUUCCAUCGGCCGAGGUGGAGAGGUCAAGCCAAGAAGCGGUAAGUGCACAAGGAGAAGAAUUACGAAUUUUGGAAGAAAAGAUCAAGCAACAAAUUCAGGCCGAGUUCAGUACAUCUCUGACUGUGAGCGAAAUGGCAGAGAAGAUCGAUGAGCUUGUGAAUAAGGUGAUCGUCUUGGAAACUGCAGUCUCAUCUCAAACUGCUCUUAUAGAAAGAUUGAGAGCAGAAACUAGUGGUCUUCAAACACAAUUUGAAUUGUUGGAAGACGAUAACACGAGCUCGAUCGAUGGCUCAGACAAUAUGCCGAACAAGAUGCGGGAAAUGGAACAGAAGCUGCAUGGAGUAGAGGAUCUUAACAGGAGCGUUGAGGAUCAAGACAAGAAUCUAAGCACGCACUUCACCGAAGCACGAUGCAACUUAGAACACCUGUCCAACAAUCUGGGAAGCGUGAGGCCGGAUGAAGAUCAGGAAGUCGCUUCCCUGCCUAUCGAAGCAGCAGCAUCAGCUGCAGGAGAGAAACGAGAAGUCAAUGAGAGGUUCGGGAAAUUGCCGAAAGAAAAUCGAGACGAGGACUUUCGUGUUACAUAUGCAUCGUCGCAGGCAGAUGAGGGACUGCAAACUUCAAGUUCAUCGCCAAUUCAAGAUGCAUCUCAUGUCAAUAGCGGGUCGCUCGAGUCUAAACCAUCGGGUUCCAGUGAUAAUCGUGAACAAGAUGCAGAAACAACAACCCAGAUUAGAGGGGACGGGGUUGAACAUAUUCAGAAAUCUUGUUCCAGUGCCUUGGAAAAUAGUUCUCUCCGGGCAGAAGAUAACUUGGAAAUUCAUCCAGUUAAGCCUAGUGGUGCGCAGUCGCAAAAUGAAGGCAAGCCACACGUCGUACCUCAGAAGAUGCAUGUUUCCUGGAAAGAUGAAGUACAAGAAGGGACAUUGGAGGAAGAAGAACCAAACUGGAAGGAAUUGUUCCUUAAAGGGUUGGAAAAUAGAGAGCAGACUCUUCUGACAGAGUACACGACAGUUCUUCGAAAUUUCAAGGAAGUCAAGAAGAAGCUCGCUGCCACAGAGAAGAAAACCCCAGAUGGCCUCCUUGACACGAGCGUACAGCUGCGGGACCUGAAGAAUUCAAAUGCCAUGAAGGAUGAAGAGAUUUUGUCGCUUCGUCAGAAACUCAAUCUUCUACAAAUGGUUUUAGAGGGCAAUUCCGAGUCAAUUAAGGCGGACACCCUGAUAGCACAAGAGCAAGAGACAGAAGAGAUAAAGUUGAUUCUUGCUGAUCAGGCUCAGUCGACUUCGGAGAUCGAAGAAAAAUUCAGGAUGGAUAUCGAUCAACUGCUGGAGGAGAACUUGGAAUUCUGGCUCAGGUUCAGCUCAGCGUUACAUCAGAUACAAAACUACGAAACCGCUGUCGAGGACCUCCAAGCUGAAACAAUGAAACUCCUUGAAAAAGAAAAGAAGAAAGAAGGAAGCCGGUCAGGACCUCUGAAAUCAGAUGUAAAGCCAAUAUACAAACAUUUGAGAGAGAUUCAGAACGAGCUCACUGUCUGGCUAGAGAAGUUCAUGACACUAAAAGACGAGCAGCAAUGCAGAUUCUCAUCCCUGUGCCAUAUCCAAGAAGAGAUCACGAGAGCGCUAAAAGCGAGCGCAGAAGACGACGACUUUACAUUCACCAGCUACCAAGCAGCAAAGUUCCAAGGGGAGGUCCUGAACAUGAAACAAGAGAAUAACAAGGUUGCAGAUGAACUGCAGGCCGGUUUGGACCACAUAUCUGCGCUUCAAGUGGAGGUCGAGAAGACUUCGGCAAACCUAAAUGAGGGAUUCGGGAUUUCUGGAUCAAGAAACAGUCAGCAAAGCAGCCACUUGGGACACUCUGUCAGCAAGUCGCGAAUCCCCCUCCGUUCAUUCAUUUUCGGUGUCAAAGCGAAGAAGCAAAGACCCUCAUUCUUCACUGCCAUGAGCCCUGCAAUGCAUCGGAAGUACCAUGCUUUCAAAGCAGCAUAUCAGUAGCGCCCGCCCAUUUUUUUGCCCUGUUCCUUUUGGAUUUUCUCCUUCUUUCUGCUGGAUUAUGGUGAUUAUUUACCUGAGCAUUUAGUUUAGGCAGCUACACGUCCUUUUCUUGUACCCCGGUUCGGAAGUUGAACAAGUGUAUCUUUUUUGUCAUCUGUAAAAUGACAGAAGCAGAUCUCUCCUCGGGACGAAACAGAGCAAGUGAUCUUUCACAUCAGUUUAACUG